CAUCGCCAAAGCUCGAGACUUGCGAAAUAGAGGAGGGAGAGGAGCCGCUCCGUGUUCUCCUGUCCCAAAAGCUCAGUCUUUGCGCCGGUGAUGGGGGAUCCCUCGCUUCCUCCUCCGCCCAAUGCGCGCUUCUUGUUCGGGUCAUCGGCCUUGGACGACUCGUACCGGCCGCUCCCUUCGCUCUACCUCGCGUUCCUGGCGAUCUGGGCCAUCUCCGCCUUCGCCUGGACCAUUAACACCUGGAGGAACCGUUUUCCCCAGACGAGCAAUCUGCAGUGGAUGUUGGCUUCAAUUCCGCUUACUAAGACUUUGCAACUGGCGCUUUCAUCUUCAUUCUGGUAUUCUUGCAUAAAUCUUCAGAUAUGCUCACUGUGGAUGUCCUUUGGGGUGUAUGUAACUGGAAUACUCUUUCAAACUGCCUCAUUUGUGUCAUUUAUGCUCAUAUCUCAUGGUUACUGCAUCAUCUAUGAGCGUCUUUCAGUACGUGAACGACGUAUGACAGCUGCAUUGAGCUGCAUACUCUACCUGACCCUUGUUGGUUAUAGAGCUGCUGUGCCUUAUUUCACGGUAUUCCUUCUGCUGAACUACUCGUUGUCAUUCUACAUAAUCUUCCGCCAUACCUCUCAAAAUCUGUCAGUUCUGCACGAACAGUUGAGCUUUAUAGAGAAUGAAGAUACUCAUGCAAUGCACAAUGCAUUGCGUACAAAGUACACAAUGUUGAAGAAAUUUCAAGGUGCAAUGCAAUUUGUAGCUGUGGUAGAAGCUAUGAUCUAUUUGAAUGUUGAUGAGACACUGGAUAAUUAUUGGUUUCGUUUGUUGGUACGGGAAUGGGCACAAUUUUGCAUCUUCCUGUACAUUGGGUGGACUUUUAGAACACAGGAAGUUUCACUACAUUUCUCUGUGAUGCCUGCCUUGAAGUCCAAAAUGGAGAUGAUAGUGCCUCCUGUAUAUAGCAUAGAAAUGGAUGGUGCUGACUUUAAUGAUUUGGUUUCUCAAGAAUGCCAUGUUGGUGUGCAAACUUCUUUUCCUAGUUCGACCAAUGAACAUUUCUUCAAGCCAGUACUGAUUAUAGUUCAAAACCCACGAUCAGCAAGCAGGCAUUCCACAGAAGCACUUACAAGAUCAACCUCCAAAAGUGCUAGAUCAACAAGCAAGUGUGGGCUUGUCGAGGAUCGAGUUUAAACCGAAGCAAAAGUAGAUCUGUACCGACAGUCAUGACAAAGUGGUACAUUGCAGUUUAUGCUGCCGAUAAGAGCUGUAUAUCAUUAUGAUCCUUUGACAUUUGUAUACGUAAAGAGCAUUUUGACCCAAAAUUAGGGUCAUCUUACAUGUAAUAUGUAAUUUGCAAAAAGUACAUUUUUGAAUGUCAAAAAGAAAAAUACAUCUCUCCACCGUUCUCAUUA